AGGAUCCAAUUCGGUCUAGUCACGAGGCCAGUCCGUCGGAACUGUACUUGGCUGCAGGGCGCGCAGCCGCAUGACUCCCCAGCCUCGGUUCGCAGCCGGCGGGUUUGAGAAGUGCGGCGGCCUCGCCCUCCUUGCACCCGCCCCACCCCGGGGCCGAGGGCGGGGCUGCGCCUGCGCACUCUCCCGGCGGUCCCGGGCGCGCGUCUCGGGUUCCCUCUGACUCUCACUCUCGGGUUCCCUGCGACUCUUGGUGCCCAGAACCAGGUCGUCCCGCCGCGCAGGUGCCCCGCGCCCUCGGAUCUUCCGUCCCCCGGUCUCCCGGCCUCUUCCCCCGGCCAUGUCGUCCUGCAGCCGCGUGGCGCUGGUGACCGGGGCCAACAAGGGCAUCGGCUUCGCCAUCACGCGCGAGCUGUGCCGGCAGUUCUCGGGGGACGUGGUGCUGACGGCGCGGGACGCGGCGCGGGGCCGGGCGGCCGUGCAGCAGCUGCAGGCCGAGGGCCUGAGCCCGCGCUUCCACCAGCUGGACAUCGACGACCAGCAGAGCAUCCGCGCCCUGCGCGAUUUCCUCCGCAAGGAGUACGGGGGGCUCGACGUGCUGGUCAACAACGCGGGCAUCGCCUUUAAGACCGCUGAUCCUACCCCCUUUCAUAUUCAAGCAGAGGUGACAAUGAAAACAAACUUCUUUGGUACCCAAGCUGUGUGCAAGGAGUUGCUGCCCCUGAUAAAGCCCCAAGGCAGAGUGGUGAAUGUGUCUAGCAUGGUUAGUGUUGGCACUCUUAAAAGCUGCAGCCCAGAGCUGCAGAAGAAGUUUCGAAGUGAGACCAUCACGGAGGAGGAGCUGGUGGGGCUCAUGAACAAGUUUGUGGAAGAUACGAAGAAUGGUGUGCACCAGAAGGAGGGCUGGCCCAAUACUGCGUAUGGAGUGUCGAAGAUCGGCGUCACAGUCCUGUCCAGAAUCCAAGCCAGGAAACUCAGUGAGCAGAGGAGAAGCGACAAGAUACUCCUGAAUGCCUGCUGCCCAGGGUGGGUGAGAACCGACAUGGCAGGGCCCAACGCCACCAAAAGCCCUGAAGAAGGAGCCGAGACACCAGUGUACUUGGCCCUUCUGCCCCCAGAUGCGGAGGGGCCUCACGGGCAGUUUGUUUCAGAGAAAAAAGUGGAACAGUGGUGAGCGCCAUAACAGCUCCAUCCCAGCUCCAACCCUGGGUUAUUUUACUCCCUGUCUUCCUUCUACCAAAAAUACACUUAACACUUAUCACAAACAGCCCUGUUGAGCACUGAUUUUGAGUUGCCUAACUAAUUUUUUGAAGUCUUUUGUGAUUUCCUCUAUAAUACUAUAUAUAGGGGUAAAAAGGUGUAAUUGAUAAAGAUAAUGAUUGAAAAUUAAUAGAUGAAUAAAUGGUUCUUUAUAAAUGUC